AUGGCUCCAGUUCUCUCACUUAUGAGUCCCGCUCGGCUCGUCCCCUCGCUCCUCGUCGUUGCUUGGGUCUUCGUUGGCCAUGUCGCCGCCCUGCCCGCCCAUGCCUCGUCCGCUUCUAUCCUCAAGCGGCAAGCAGAGUUGAGAGAUGAGUAUGACUACAUCAUCGUUGGCGGCGGAACUGUCGGUUUGACAAUUGCGGAUCGUCUCACCGAGGAUAAAGACACAACCGUUCUCGUCAUCGAUCUGCCCAUGGAAGGCCUGAACAACCGAACCAAGGCCAUUUCCGCUGGCUGCGUUGUCGGCGGUAGCACCGCUGUGAACGGCAUGAUCUUUGACCGCGGCUCUGCCGAGGACUACGAUGCUUGGGUCUGGGCGACGGGCGACUGGCAGGAGGAGUACGGAAAGGAGUGGGGCUGGGACAACCUGCUGCCCUACUUCAGGAAGAGCGUCACGUUCCACCCGCCCGAUGAGCACAUGGAAGAGGAGUACGGCAUGACUGCCGACGCCGACGCCGCCUAUGGCGGAUCUACCCCGAUCCACUCUAGCUACUCACCAUUCCAGUGGCCCGCUCAAAAGCUCAUGUGGGAUGCCUUCAAAACCGUGGAAGGGGUCGAGUUUCCCGUAGAGCACGCCGCAGGAGACGCCGUUGGCGUGUACUGGUUCCCCAACUCCAUCGACCCGGUCACUCGCUCGCGCUCCUACGCCCGUCUCGGCCACUACUCCAACGAGGGAGGCCCCCACACCCGACCCAACUUUCACCUUCUUCCCGGCUACCGCGUCACCCAGCUCCUCCUCGACGAAGUCGACGAGGAAGACAGCCCCGAAGGUUGGGAGGCCGUCGGCGUCAAGUUCGCGCCCCGCGACGGAGACAUGCCCGCUCAACCGUACCAGGUUCUGCAGCGAUCUGGCAUCGGGCCGAGGGACGUCCUCGAAGCCGCCGGCGUUGAGGUCAAGCACCACCUCCCCGGCGUCGGCUGGAACUUCCACGACCACCAAAUGUCCGCAAGCAGCUGGUCUUGGGGUGUCGAGGUUCAGCCAUCCGCGGAGACCUUGGCUAGCGACCCAGAAUUCAUGGCUAUGGCCAACGAGCUUUGGGCUGCAAACAAGACCGGCCCUCACGCCGCAUACACAAACAGCGGCGCCUUCCUUCCCCUCAGCGUCCUCACCGAAGAGUUCGCCGAAAUCGUCGCCAUGGUAGCCGCGCAAGAACCCACCGAAUACCUCCCCGAAGGCCUCGACGAAACCCUGAUUGCGGGCUACAAGCAACAGCUCGAGGUCCUCACUCGCCAGCUCAACGGUACCAAGUCCGCAGUUCUCGAACUCAUCUUCACCGGAGUCUCUUCGUUUCAACCCAUCAACCUCCGCGUCCUCAGCCGAGGCUUUGUCCGCCUCUCCCCGGAUGACGACGGCGCCGGUAGGGGUGAUGCCGAACCUGUCGUGGAUUACCGCGCUCUCACUAACCCUGUCGACGUCCUUUUCAACCGUGUGAUAUUCAAGUUCAUCAGACGCUUCUUCGCGAGCGAAGCAAUGGUGGAGGCCCUAGACCCUACCGAAGUUGCCCCUCAGGCGGAUGCCGACUCAGACGAGUUUGAGGAGUGGCUUCGAACAACCAUGAACCCCAGCGUUGCCCAUCCCAGUGGCACCUGUGCCCUCGGCCCCAUUGAGUUGGGCGGCGUAGUUGGACCAGACCUGCGUGUUCAUGGUACCAGGAAGCUAAGGGUUGCCGACUGCUCGAUUAUGACGCUCGUGCCUGGAACGCACACGAGCUCAACGGCUUAUGCUAUCGGCGAGAAGGCCGCCGAUUUGAUUCGAGGUAAGAGGACGGUGGAUUAG